GUUAUGUUCUACAUCCCUGAGCUCAACAGCAGUAUAGUCUAUUAAUGUUUCCCAGUGUUCGGCAUAUUUGAAAAAACUAUAAAAGGACCUGGUGCAUUAUUUAUCCUAUUAUCUCUCUGGCGCAUUGAUUGUGGAGGAGUUGUGUAGGUCAUAGGAUGCCAGACAUUACACUUAGAGAUUUCUGUUAUUGCAGUUUAACAGACAAGGGUAUCCAAGAAACACAGCUAGAGGACGUAGUGUACUUUUGAUUUAACAAAGAACGGAAGAUUAUGGAUGAAGGCACAGUUUCCAACGACUCUGUUCCAGAUUUAAAAGAUUUGGAGGUGAAAAUCGGACGGAAGACACCGGAGGGUUUGCUAAAGUGGAUGCGGGAAGAGGCGUCAACGCAACGCGGAGAUGCCAAGUUGAACUCGCCGGAGACCAAAGACGGAGACAUCACAGAGAGGAAGAGCCUAGAUGAGAAGAUUCGAAAACUAAAAGUCGAUAUGGCCCACCUGCGCUCGGUGGAUGUGAAGAUCCUGCAGCAGCUGCUGGCGGUGCACGAGGGGAUCGAGGCAUGCAAGUGGCUCCUGGAGGAGCGCGGCACCCUGACCAGCCGCUGCAGCAGCCUGACCAGCAGCCAGUACAGCCUGGGAGAGGGCCCUGGAGGAGACACCUCCUGGAGAGACAGCUGGAGCAGCCUGCAGGACCCCCUCAAUGACAAGCUGGAUAACAUCUCUAUAGGUAGCUACCUGGACACCCUGGCGGACGACAUGGAUGAGUACUGCCCCUCUAGUUCUGAGUAUGCGCUGUGUUCUACUCCACUGGGGACUGAGAUGCCCACUCGGACUGGCGGAGGGACAGGUGCUGGGGUAGGGGCGGGGAGAGGUGCUGGUGUAGGGGCAGUGUCUGGGGCAGAGGUUUUGGCUGGGACAGGAGGUGCAGGAGCUGAGUUAGGACUAGGCACAGGGGGCAAGGUAGUUGUUGGGCCUGGGGCUCCCCAAGUCAAGCCAGAGAUCCCCAAGGAGGAGCCUCCCAUUUGGACUAAUGCCAAAAAGGUUGUGAAAGGAACCACCAUCACCAAGGACUCCAACCAAAUGCAGCAGCCCAGUAAGAGCAACGGCGUCCUGGAGAAGGCAGUCAGGCAAGCAGGAGGACUUGCUGACUCGGCCCGGGCCUGCCUGGCUGAGAGGCUGGGGAAAAACCAGAGCCCCAAAAUCAAACCCUAUAAGAACGGCAAGAUAGACCUGGAUGGCUGCAAGAUGAACGGCACAAUGCACCUGGAGUAUGACGCCCAUUGGCGAUGGGUGCAGUCGCAGGAUGAUGUUACAUUUCUGUGAGGUGGAUGUAUUACGCCACUAAAGACGCUUAGCCUGCUCCCAUGUGAUGACCAAACAGGUCAAGGGUUAAGAGAGAGGGGUCUUGGACUGGUGUUGUGGUUGAUUGCAGUUAUUAUACAAACUUCUACCAUUGCCAUUGUACAAGACAUCAGGUGUGGAUGAGUAGGAGAGCACAACACCAUUACAUUAUGUUCUAUUCACUCUAAAUGUGACUGCACUAAAUUUCUAGAACAUUGACAGUAUUAUAUUUGGGAUAAAGUUGAUAUUUUGUUUACCCUCUCUUCCUGUGUGCAUUGUAACAUACAGUACCAUAGAAAAUGAACAAUUUCCAAAAUAAAAUAUAUUUGUUACACAUACACAUCUAUAGAACCUAGUUAAUGACCAAAGUUUGCCCUUUACUGAUCAAUCCCAUGUCAAAGUGAUUGUAAAACACCCUAUGAAUUAUAGAUACCGGAAUCCUUCUCAUACAUACUAUACCAUAGCAUGCAAAGAGCAUCUCGAAUGUUCCUACUGUUUGCACACGUUUGCUAUUGUGGAUGUCCUAAAACUACCUAAAGUACUUAUACCAGUCAAUGCAAUAUGUAUAAUCAGUGUAUCGCAAUGCAAUGAAUCUGUGCUUCGGGUUCUUAUGUGGGUGGAUGUGUUAAAAUGUGUUAAAGAGUAUAAAUAUAGUUAUUUUGUGGAUUAUACAGUAUUUUUUCAUUUGGAAAGCAGAUGUUGUCAUUGGUGUAAUCCUAAACUAUUAUGUCUGUAUCUCCCAUUCCAAGAUAACUGCACUGUGUUUCUGAUAAUCCUGAUGGUUUAAAUGACUGAUUUGCCCUCUUUCAGUACUCUGCUGGUCUUAAUGAGUCCAAAUGUCUCUGUUAUUUUACUCAGUGUUGAGUGGUGUGAAGUUAUUUCAGUCAUUUGGGUGGGUGAAAAUUGCAUGACAUGUGCUGACUGGUUUAUUGGUAAAAAAAAUCACCAUGAAAAAUGUGUGAAAAGCUUAAUACAAUCAUCAGGGAAGGAACGCGAUAUUCCCUCGAAGCCUUUUUGUAUUCGGUUAUAAACAACCCACUCUCACACAGAACCAUCACCACUGAAAGCUAAUCAUAUCUCAACACUCCACGGGAGGGGUUGCCAGGACAACUGAGAGAGGGUGAGAGAGAGAGAGUUCACGUGUGUAUGUACAUGUGUGUGUGUGUGUGUGUGUGUGUGUGUGUGUGUGUGUGUGUGUGUGUGUGUGUGCGCACGUAUGUGUGUUUACAACUGGCUGCUGUGCACAGCUGCUCUGCUAGAUUUAGAUGAGGAUGGAGGCGUCUCAAGGGGCUGUUCUUUACUAGGCUAUUCCCCUUCCUUUUCAUCAUGGGAAAACAACACACUUCACUGCACCUAUCUGUAUGUUAGAAUCAAACAUGUCAAAGAAAUGAAUAGUGAUUAUCUCACCCCAUCACCCUCUCCCAUCCCAUCCCAUUCUACCCUGUCGCCAUUAGUCAUAUAAUGCACUGUAUUUGUGAGAUAAUGGACACCAGAUAUGGUUUGUGUAUUGCAUAGGCAUUGUGAAUGUUAUCAGAUCUAAUAAUAUAAUAUAUGCCAUUUAGCAGACGCUUUUAUCCUUACAGUCAUGUGUGCAUACAUUCUACGUAUGGGUGGUCCCGGGAAUCGAACCCACUACCCUGGCGUUACAAGCGCCAUGCUCUACCAACUGAGCUACAGAAGGACCACACAUGGAACGAGAUUAGUGUAACAAAUCAAUUUAGGAAGGAGUGUUUUCAAUUGAAUUAAGUUAGGAUUUCCCUUUGUGAUGUUUUGAAUUGUGUAUACUCAUGCCUUUACUUCCUUGUUAGCUGUCUUAGUUCUAUGGUCCCAGGGUGUCUGUCUCUGUGUGAUGUCUUUGCUUGCGUGGCUCCAGUUCUGUACCACUCAGCACUCCUAUCAGAGCAAACCUUAUAAUAUGUUUCAAGAUGAGUUCUCACUUAAAGACGUCAGCGAGACUCCAUGACGGGCAGGCAGGGUAGGCGGUGCUUACCCUGUGAUAGUCUAAUACAAAAUAAAAAGCUGUUGUGAAAUAAUUAUACACGCUUAAAAGUCAAAUAACUUCCUAAAACUGCAUCCAAACCUCAGGAAAGGAACCAGGGUAUCCCAUGCCUUCCCAUCCAUCAAAGCCAUUGAAAUCCUUGCCGUGCACUGCCUUUCCCGAUUCCAUCCCAGUCACUGUUAAUGGACAGGUUCAGCUUUGGCUAGUUUGACGUAGCUUCAUUGAAGACAGAUGUCAUAUUUUUGUGCGUGCGUAGUGCCCCAAUAUGUUGUGUGGGUAUUGCCCUGGGGUAAGCUGUGCAUAUUUGGCCAUGUCCACGUGAUGAGUGUUACAUUUCAUCUUAUAUAAUUUUUUUUAAAAAUCUGAAAAGUUCCCCUGUCUGAUAUUAGUGUCCAUUCCAUGUGUUGUUGUAAGUGUAUUUUAAAUGUCUCACACUUCCUUUUACUUCUGCAUUCCCCCUCAACAUCCCCCCUUACCUCUUCCCUGUCUACUGUAUCUACAGUUGAAGUCGGAAGUUUACAUACACUUACGUCAUUCAGAAAAAACGAGUAAUUAAAACUCGUUUUUCAACCACUCCGCAAAUGUCUUGUUAACAAACUAUAGUGUUACUAAGUCGGUUAGGACAUCUACUUUGUGCAUGACACAAGUCAGUUUUCCAACAAUUGUUUACAGACAGAUUCUUUCACUUACAAUUCACUGUAUCACAAUUCCAGUGGGUGAAAAGUUUACAUACACUAAGUUGACAUGCCUUUAAACAGUUUGGAAAAUUCUAGAAAAUUAUGUUGUUGCUUUAGAAGCUUCUGAUGGGCUAUGUGGAUGUAUUUCGAGGCCUACCUUCAAACUCAGUGCCUCUUUGCUUGACAUCAUGGGAAAAUCAAAAGAAAUCAGCCCCCAAAAAUUGUAGACCUCCACAAGUCUGGUUCGUCCUUGGGAGCUAUUUCCAAACGCCUGAAGGUUCCACGUUCAUCUGUACAAACAACAGUACACAAGUAUAAACACCAUGGGACCACGCAGCCGUCAUACUGCUCAGGAAGGAGACGCUUUCUGUCCUAGAGAUGAACUUACUUUGGUGCGAAAAGUGCAAAUCAAUCCCAGAACAACAGCAAUGGACCGUGUGAAGAUGCUGGAGGAAACAGGUACAAAAGUAUCUAUAUCCACAGUAAAACGAGUCCUAUAUCGACAUAACCUGAAAGGCUGCUCAGCAAGGAAAAAGGGGGAGGCUUGCAACCCGAAGAACACCCUCCCAACCGUGAAGCACAGGGGUGGCAGCAUCAUGUUGUGGGGGUGCUUUGCUGCAGGAGGGACUGGUUCACUUCCCAAAAUAGAUGGCAACAUGAGGAAGGAAAAUUAUGUGAAUUUGUUGAAGAAACAUCAGUCAGGAAGUUAAAGCUUGGUCAUAAAUGGUUCUUCCAAUUGGACAAUGACCCCAAGCAUACUUCCAAAGUUGUGGCAAAAUGGCUUAAGGACAACAAAGUCAAGGUAUUGGAGUGGCCAUCACAAAGCCCUGACCUCAAUACCAUAAAAAAAUUGUGGGCAGAACUGAAAAAGCGUGUGUGAGCAAGGCCUACAAACCUGACUCAGUUGCACCAACUGUCAGGAGGAAUGGGACAAAAUUCACCCAACUUAUUGUGGGAAGCUUGUGGAAGGCUACCCGAAACGUUUGUCCCAAGUUAAACAAUUUAAAGGCAAUGCUACCAAAUACUAAUUGAGUGUAUGUGAACUUCUGUCCCACUGGGAAUGUGAUGAAAGAAAUAAAAGCUGAAAUAAAUCAUUCUCUCCACUAUUAUUCUGACAUUUCACAUUCUUAAAAUAAAGUGGUGAUCCUAACUGACCUAAAACAGGGCAGUUUUACUGGGAUUAAAUGUCAGAAAAAACUGAGUUUAAAUGUAUUUGGCUAAGGUGUAUGUAAACUUCUGACUUCAACUGUAUGCGGAAGAGUUAGGUUACUGUAAAACUGUCCCAUGGAAAUCAUUAUCAAUUGUAUAUG